CGACGUGUCCGAAAAAAAAAUAAAAGAAGAAGAAAACACCCGAAUUUUAAAUCAAUUUGUUCUUUUCAUCGUGAAUGCACUCGAUAAUGAUCAUCUCUUGCCGCUGCCUUCACUUCCCGAGCCUUAUGGUUAUUUAUUUGCUAUGUAGCGGGGCUGGGGGAGGUACUAGCCCCCUAUGUCCGGCUUCUUGUACUUGUAAGUUAUCGGAUAGGGGCAAGAAGAGGAUCAGUUGUUUGGCUGGCGGGAUGACAGAUCCGAUUCCUACAGGACAAAUGGAUCCGCAUACGGAUAUUUUGGAGAUAUCCGCACCGGAGAGUAAGAGGAAUUGGUUGACUGUUACGACGAUUUUUCAACACUUCAAUCAACUAGAAGAGCUUCACCUGACUCAAUCGAACAUCAACCAAAUAACGAUGCACGCCUUUUGGGGCCUUCCCACUUUAAAGGUCCUCAAUUUAAGCUCCAAUAACAUCAGCGCCAUCCUGGACCAUAAUUUCCGCGGCUUAGUGAAUCUAGUGGAACUAAAUUUGGACGAUAAUCGGAUAGUGGCUUUACCGAGUGCGGUGUUCAAACACCUGACCGAGUUAAAAGUGUUAAGUUUGCAAAAGAAUAAGUUAAAAGUGCUUCAACCGAGAACGUUUUUAAAGUUAGUGAAGUUGCACGUGUUACGGAUCGGGGAUAAUCAGUUUGAGGAGUUAGAUCCGGAGGCAUUUAAGGAUAUUCCAGAACUUCGCACAUUAGAAUGUCGGCACUGCGGCCUCCAACGUAUCAACACCCAAAUCUACCAUCUGUUGCCUUACUUGACCCAUCUGGAUCUCGGCUACAACACGAUCCAGUUCCUUUACUACGACGAAUUCCAAGAUUUAAAACGUCUCCACACCCUAAAACUGGACGGAAACCAAUUUCCAGUUAUCUUGGAAAACACGUUCGUGAACCAGCAACAGUUAAAAUACCUUUGCCUCGCCCGAAAUCGAAUAGCGAAAAUACCGGACACCGCCUUGAAAAAUCUCACGAAUUUACUGGAGUUGGAUUUAAGUUUUAAUAAACUGUACAAGGCGGAAAGCGUGGCGUUUUCGCACGUGGCGAACAGCUUGCAACGGUUGGACCUGAGCGGAAACAAUUUUAAAUUAAACGUGGUGAAGGAGAUCGUGGACGAGUUACAUAAAGUGUGGGACUUGGGGGUGGCGAGGUUGAAGAUUGCGGAGGUGCCUGUUGGUUUAUUUCCGGAUCGGAUAAGGAGGUUGAAUUUGUCUGGGAAUAGAUUGGAGGAGAUAAAUCCAGAAAUAUUUCCAAAACAACUGGAAUUCCUGGAUCUCAGCCGCAACGAAAUCCAGGGCCUGAACGAAACCACUAUCGCGUACCUGGAGGGAUUAAAAAGGGUUAACCUACAGGAAAACCCUUGGAGGUGCCAACUGUGCCACAUAACAGACUUAUUUUUCCGUGUGAAUAAAUCGGACUUAUUUAAAAAUGCAACUUGUGCCUUGCCCCGUGUUCUAACCGGUAAAAAAGUAGCGAAUUUAAUAUUAGAUGAGAUCCCCCCGUGCGACUACGACGGUGACACUAACGAUAAAGAAUUAAGUUAUCGAGGCCUAAUCAUAGGACUGAUCUCUAUAGUGUCAUUGGGGGUGUUUUCGAUUAUUUUCGUGGUGUUUUCUUGCGUGCAACGACAUCGAAGAACGGCCGAAUUAAGCGCGAAACGGACCGAAGCCGAAUCGAAUCACGUUACGGUCGACCAAACGACCAGUUUAUUCAAUAAAGAGCAAAUAAGUUUUCAAUUUUCGUUGGAUUUAAUGGAAAGAAAACUGUCCGUGUCCACCAUCGAUGAAAUUAAAAAAGAUGAAAGGAUUGCGAAUGGGUCGGUCGUUACCGGUCUUUGAGUCCUUACAUGUUGUUGGUUUUUUUCUUUUAUACAUUUAGUUCCUAUAUUUGUUUUUUUAGUUUCGAGCCAGUACUUGAAAUAUGUGAUUUAAGUUUAGUUGAUACAGAGUAUUCCGAAACCUCAAAGAAUAAAGUUUUUUAACUAGAAUAAUAAAAAAAAUUAGCUCUACAGGGUGUCCAAUAUGUUAACAAUAUCAUAUAAUCUUAGGACAUUGAAUACACUAGA